AUGGCCAACCAGAUGCCUGUGAGAAGCCCACAAACAGGUUCUGCUGGUAAGGAGACAGAAGAAGGUGGUGGGCUAAUGGGUGUUGCAAAACUGGAGUGGGAGAUGCUAUUUCUGCACAAUGUCAUGGGUGCACUCUCAGGAUUCAGGGCUGGCAAUAAAUCCUGCAGGCCUGUUAGAAGCCACUUGUCAGGUAGCCUGUGGCAAAGUAAGAAUUUCCUUCAGGUGAUCAGGCAGGCUAGUUUUUGUAUAUUGGAAAGGAGGCUGUUCUCUCCCCCCCCCCCUUUGAAAUCACCAGUGUGCCCUAGAUGA